CAGUAAAAUUAUUCUGAUAUUUUUCGUCUGUCUCCUUCUUCGUUUUCGUUUCACAGUGAAACUUCUGCUCCAGAACACAGCGCCCUCCUCACAAGCUUCGCUGGAAAUGGCAGCUUCUGCCUUCACUGCAUCUCUCACCUUCUCCGUGUCCUCGAACAAUAGAACUUCAUCUAUCCCUCCACUUUCUCGCAGAAAUUCGCAGAGGUCGGUAGUGUCUACCCUGCCGAGGCCCUAUGGCGACUCUUCAACUAUUGGAUUAUCUAGUAAAUCAAUCAGAGCUCCUCUAAGCCUCGACGAUAAAGAUUUUCUUCACGCCAGUACAAGUUAUAGACCUAUUGAAGCCAAAAAAGGUAAUCCACCAAUUAUGCCUGCAGUGAUGACACCGGGAGGGCCUUUGGACCUCUCGUCUGUGUUAUUUAGGAAUCGUAUCAUAUUUAUUGGCCAACCUGUCAACUCCAUUGUGGCACAGCGAGUCAUAUCACAGCUUGUGACUCUAGCAACCAUUGAUGAGGAUGCAGAUAUCCUGGUAUAUCUCAAUUGCCCCGGUGGAAGUACAUACUCAGUAUUAGCAAUUUAUGAUUGUAUGUCUUGGAUAAAGCCUAAGGUCGGCACAGUGUGCUUUGGAGUUGCUGCAAGCCAAGGGGCUCUUCUCCUUGCAGGUGGAGAAAAGGGAAUGCGCUAUGCUAUGCCGAAUUCUCGAAUUAUGAUUCAUCAGCCACAGAGUGGAUGUGGGGGUCACGUGGAAGAUGUUAGACGGCAAGUCAAUGAAGCAGUUCAAUCACGCCAUAAAGUUGACAAGAUGUUCUCUGCAUUUACCGGACAACCUCUUGAGAAAGUACAACAAUACACCGAAAGAGAUCGAUUUUUGUCUGUUUCUGAGGCUCUGGAAUUUGGGCUCAUCGACGGUGUGCUCGAGACAGAAUACUGAACACGGAUUUGGUGAAGACCGAUCAUUCAUCAGCCAUAUAUGCAAAUUACAAUGAUUUGAUUAUGCAGAGUGUGACUUUCAAAUGGGGAAAUCCAUUCAUCUGCCAAAUCAUCUAAACCAAGCUUUGAUACAGAACAUCCAAAAUUUGAAUCAAAAUUUMCAGCGCUGCAUCGUGUCAUUGGUAACCUUUCAAAUUCUUCGAAUUAACGCACACGAGCUAGUACAUGAAAACGCAGUGCUAUGAUUCUUAAUCUUUGCAGCUGAAUCAACAUUUUAUCUCAUUCUUGUCAAAAUUCCUCAUCUUGAAACUGUCCUCUUUGGACUGCCACCUCGCCCAGGGCUUGAGCAUUAAGAAUUGAUCCUGAAAGCAUGUUAAAAAAUAUAUAUACUGAAAGCAUGUUCGAAA